GGUUACUCAUGACAGUCAGAUCAAUAGGAGCAGGGGCAGGAGGGGACAUGCUGGGAGCACUCAGUGCCUGCAUGCAGCGUUACUGCCAGUCCUGGUAAGGUGGCAUCGGAGUGGGUCGCCUGGUAUUACAGCGCUUGGAUCCUAUGAUUCACAUUACGCCAGCAUGCUGCUGCUGUGACACUACUGCAGUGCCAGCGAGUCCCUCUACUUGAAACUUGAACCUGUACGAGCUAUCCCUGAUGCCUCCAUCUCCUCUGGACGACACGGUUAUUGUGGCACUAUCCAGACCCGUCAGACCACAAGAGCUCGACCUCCGCCUGGACCCUUCCUACCGUGACGCCGCCGGCUCGGUGAGUGGCAGCUGCCGAUCCCUACUCAGCACAAGCGUAGCCUCGCUCACCGCUGCGAAUCUGACGUAUAUGCCCUCUUCCAACGGCUCUGCUCGCUCUUUGGGUUGCGGAUGUAGCAGUGCCAGCUGUUGCAGCGUGGCAGCAUACGAAAAGGACACCCAAAGCCAGACGAUCAGCAGCACCACAAUCACCAGCAGUGCCGCCGCCGGACCCUCCGCCUCUUCUUGCCCUCCCAACCCAAUGGUCAAUGAGAACAGCGGCGCGUUGAGUCCGUCUGGCGGGGUUGGCAGCCCUGUGUCCUCCACCACUACCAAACAAUUCGCCAACAUCAAAAUCAUUUACCCCAAUGACUUGGCCAAGAAGAUAGCGAAAUGCAGCAAAACCCACCUGCCCAACCAAGGGCCGGUCAUCAUUGACUGCAGACCCUUCAUGGAGUACAACAAAAGCCAUAUCCAAGGGGCCGUUCACAUCAACUGCUCCGAUAAGAUCAGCCGGCGGAGGCUUCAGCAGGGGAAGAUCACCGUCUUGGAUUUAAUCUCAUGCAGGGAAGGUAAAGACUCCUUCAAGAGGAUAUUUUCCAAAGAGAUCAUCGUCUACGACGACAACACCAACGAGCCCAGCCGGGUCAUCCCGUCCCAGCCGCUCCAUACUGUGCUGGAGUCACUGAAGAGGGAAGGGAAGGAACCUCUGGUGCUUAAAGGUGGCCUCAGCAGUUUUAAACAGAACCAUGAAAACCUGUGCGACAAUUCCCUCCAGCUCCAGGACUGCCCAGAUGGCGGCGGCGCUUCAGCUGUGACCAUUACACUACCUCAGUCCGUCCCCAGCACGCCGGACAUUGAGAAUGCAGAACUCACCCCCAUCCUACCCUUCCUCUUUCUCGGAAACGAACACGACGCCCAGGAUUUGGAGAAGAUGCAGAGGAUGAACAUCGGAUACGUCGUCAACGUAACUACGCACCUGCCUCUCUACCACUACGAGAAAGGGAUCUUCAACUACAAACGUCUACCAGCAACAGAUAGCAACAAGCAGAAUCUCAGGCAGUACUUCGAGGAGGCGUUUGAAUUUAUAGAGGAAGCUCACCAGUGUGGGAAAGGUCUUCUUAUCCAUUGCCAAGCAGGUGUCUCCCGAUCUGCCACCAUUGUUAUAGCCUACCUAAUGAAGCACACGCGGAUGACGAUGACCGAUGCCUACAAGUUCGUCAAAGGAAAGCGACCAAUCAUAUCUCCCAACCUGAACUUUAUGGGACAGUUACUGGAGUUUGAGGAAGACUUAAAUAACGGGAUAACACCAAGAAUUCUGACGCCAAAGCUUAUUGGAGUAGAGACUGUGGUGUAGCAAAAAAAAUUAUAAUUUUUUGAGUAAGAAAAAAAGAUAAAUAUUUUUCAAAAACAUCAACCAGAAGAAAAAAGAAAAAGGAAAAAUAAAUAAAACAAACAAACAAAAAAGAUGUGAACAAUUUUUUGGUAAAUUUUUGAGGAAAGAAAAGUCGUGAUCAUCCGGAGUCUGUGCAGGUUCAUAGACUGAGGAAAGCAAUGUUGUCAGGUAUUCAAAUAACACCAGACUAUGUAGCUCCAAAGAUGACGAUAUAGUAAAAAACUAAAAAAAAGUUAAAAACGGAUUUGGCCAUAACAAAAAACACAAAAAAAAAAAUUUAUAUGGCCAGAAUAGAAAAGGGUUAAUUUUGGGUGCGUUGUUAUAUUUUUGUAUUUAGGCUAAAACGGUUUCAUCAACAAGGACCUUGAUCAUUACUUGCCCUCAGUGGCUUAAUGUGCAAUAAUUUUUGUUUUGAGCGUGAGAAUUGUUAGAGUUGACUGAACGUGUGAAUCUAUACAUAGUGGAGGCGGCCAUUUUAUUGGAUCGCACCAUUGUUCAUUGAGAUGGUACUUUUAGGGUCCUUAUGAAUCCUACUUCAUACAAGCCAUCAUGUUUCCCGAUUGCCCUGUUUUUUAUGGGCCUGUCCCGUAAAUCUUCAAAGGGGAGCGGCUUAUACACUCGUGCCUCAAAAUGGACAUUUCUGGGACAUCGUGGACAGAUUAGGGUGGAGCUUAACAAUGUCUCAUGAUUGGGGGGUGAGAGGGGGUCAAAUUUUGGAAAGUAUGAUGUCACUUGUCCGGCCUAUAAAAUGGUGCUGCCCACUACGUGUAUGAGACCGGUCCACUUAAAGUGGUGACAAAGCGCCAGCACUAAGACAGAGGUAUAGAAAUAAAAAAUAAAAAAGCAAUUAUUAUUCUAUAUAUUUUUGUUUUCUUCUGACUCUGGUUACAGUGCCAUAAACCUUGUUAAAUAUGUAUAUCAGAAUGUACAAAUAAGAGGAUUUAUUUUAACUAUUUUUUGCACAAAAAUAUAGGUGUGUUCCUGUUGUCUGUGUAUAAUGUCAUUUUGACUAUAAAACCGGCAAAA